AUGGGAAUUAUUCCAGAAAAUGUCAAGGGAGCGGUAGACGUGGACCCUUGGUUAGAACCGUUUGCAGAAGUGCUCUCUGAGAGAAGAUAUCUCGCCGAUCGUUGGUCUCAUGAUAUCAAACACAGUACAGUCGAUAACACGCCGCAAUCGCUAGCCGAUUUUGCAAGGACAUCGUACAAGAACUAUGGACUGCAUGCAAACCCAGUAACCAAAGAGAUCACAUAUCGGGAAUGGGCGCCCAACGCACUGCAGGCAUUUCUGGUCGGUGAAUUUAACGGCUGGUCAGGCCAAUCGCAUGAGUUGCAGAAGGACCAGUACGGUGUUUUUUCCAUAAAAAUCCCUGCGUCUAACGCUGGCGAUUAUGCCAUUCCUCAUGAUUCCAAACUAAAAGUGCUUCUUGUACUGCCUGACGGCUCCCAUGCGUAUCGUCUUCCCGCAUACAUCACCAGGGCUACCCAGCCUGACAAAGAAACCGCCAAGCAAUUUGGUCCUAGUUAUGAGGCCCGUUUUUGGAAUCCACCAGUCCAUUACGAAUUUCAGAACAAAAGGCCCUCUUUUGAAAGAAAAUCGGACUCGCUGAGGAUUUACGAAGCGCAUGUUGGUAUUUCGUCUCCAGAACCCAAAGUUGCCUCCUACAAAGAGUUUACGCAUAACGUCUUGCCAAGAAUUCGCGACCUGGGUUAUGAUGCCAUUCAGUUGAUGGCAAUCAUGGAACACGCCUACUACGCGUCUUUUGGCUAUCAAGUGACCAAUUUCUUCGCCAUCAGCUCUAGAUACGGUACUCCAGAAGACUUGAAAGAGCUGAUUGACGUGGCUCACGGAAUGGGUCUGUUGGUGCUUUUGGACGUGGUCCACAGUCAUGCAUCCAAAAACGUGGACGAUGGCCUGAACAAGUUCGAUGGCAGCGACCAUCAGUAUUUUCACUCACUGCAGUCUGGGCGUGGUGAACAUCCGCUAUGGGACUCUCGUUUGUUCAACUACGGUUCCUUUGAGGUCUUGAGAUUCUUGCUGAGCAAUCUGGCCUUCUACAUCGAUGUUUAUCAGUUUGACGGAUUUAGAUUUGAUGGUGUCACGUCAAUGCUGUACAAUCACCAUGGGGUCGGUGCUGGCGGCGCCUUCAGCGGUGAUUACAGCGAGUACGUGUCCCGUGAAAGGUCGGACGUUGACCAUGAGGCUCUUGCCUAUCUUAUGCUGGCAAAUGACCUGGUGCACGAAAUUUUACCAGAAAGCGGAAUCACAAUAGCUGAAGACGUGUCUGGAUAUCCUACCUUAUGCCUGCCUCGUCAUCUUGGCGGCACCGGAUUCGAUUACAGACUUGCCAUGGCAUUACCGGACAUGUGGAUCAAACUAUUAAAAGAAAAAAGCGACGACAACUGGAACAUGGGACACAUCGUGCAUAAUCUGACCAACAGGCGCUAUGGCGAAAAAGUGGUCGCUUACGCAGAGUCCCAUGACCAAGCCUUGGUCGGUGACAAGACACUGGCUUUUUGGCUCAUGGACGCGGCUAUGUAUACGGACAUGACUGUGAUGAAGCCUCUCACUCCUGUAGUCGACCGUGGUAUUGCACUGCACAAACUAAUCCGGCUCAUUACCCACUCUCUUGGCGGAGAAGCAUAUCUCAACUUUGAAGGCAACGAAUUUGGCCAUCCGGAAUGGCUGGACUUCCCCAACAAGAACAAUAAUGACAGUUAUCACUACGCGCGCCGUCAAUUCAAUCUCAUCGAGGACAAUUUGUUGCGGUACCAGCAUUUGUACAAUUUUGACAAAGCUUUGCAGAAAACCGAAAGCCGUUACAAGUGGCUCAACACGCCUCAAGCCUUCGUUUCCUUGAAACAUGAAGUCGACAAGGUCAUUGCAUUUGAGCGGAAUGGACUUCUUUUCAUCUUCAAUUUCCACCCAACAGAAAGUUUUGCCGACUACAGGAUUGGAGUGGAGACGCCGGGACGCUAUAAGGUCAUCCUGAACACCGACCGUAUAGAGUUUGGUGGCCAUGACCGAAUUGACGAGGCCGCCUCGGAGUUUUUCACCACAGAUUUGCGCUGGAAUGAACGCAGCAACUACAUUCAGGUAUACAUUCCUACCAGAACAGCGUUGGUUCUAGCGCUGGCCACAUGA